ACCCUUAUUUUUUCGCUGGAUGUUUGUAAUUAUUAGUGCGUAUUUGAGCUUGGCGACGUGUAUACUGUUUGGGUGCAGCAGCAUACGCUAGGUGGAGGGAUAGCGAAAGCGAACUCAUCAGACACCUGGUUAUAAAGAUCAACCCCAUUUUUUCUUCUCCAUGAUUUUUUUUGCUUUCCGGACACACGUUUCUUCCAACCGUCCGGCUAUUUAGGUUUAUCGCGCGUUGGGUUUCCUCACGUAUCGGACUGGUCGAAGAAAAAUUUCUUUCCACUGCAGUUCUUCGCUGUCGAUCACCGAUCCGGACAACGAUCGUAAGAGAAGCUCGGUUCGUUUGCAGCACAUGAGGAUCGUUUUGGUCCGUCACCAUGUUUGAGGCGCACGCUUUGCACCUGCUUCGACAAUAUCUUGGUGAAUAUGUUCAUGGGCUCUCAGCAGAGGCUCUAAGAAUCAGUGUGUGGAAAGGUGAUGUUGUACUUAGAGACUUGACGUUAAAAGCAGAGGCACUAAAUUCACUAAGACUCCCUGUUACCGUCAAAGCUGGCUUUGUUGGUACCAUUACAUUAAAGGUUCCCUGGAAAAGUCUAGGCAAAGAACCUGUUAUUGUUCUUAUAGAUCGUGUCUUUGUUCUUGCUUGUCCUGUUCCUGAUGGCUGGACUCUCAAGGCAGAAGACAGGGAAAAGCUUUUUGAAGCCAAACUUAAACAGAUUGAGGAAGCAGAGUUGGCGACUCUUGAAGCUAAAGCCAGGUCAAAGGUGGAAAAUUCAGCAGGUGGGAAUUCAUGGCUGGGUUCUCUUAUAGCUACUAUAAUUGGAAAUCUCAAAAUCUCCAUUAGCAAUGUCCAUAUCAGAUAUGAGGAUUCUAUCAGUAAUCCUGGGCAUCCCUUUUCUUCUGGAGUUACUUUAGCAAAACUUGCUGCUGUUACAACUGAUGACCAUGGCAACGAAACUUUUGACACAAGUGGUGCACUAGAUAAAUUGAGGAAGUCAGUGCAACUUGAGAGGCUAGCGGUUUAUCAUGACUCUGACAGCCUUCCUUGGAAGAUGGAUAAGAAAUGGGUAGAUCUUAGUCCCAAGGAAUGGGUUGAGAUAUUUGAAGAUGGCAUAAAUGAACCUCUGCCUGGUCGUUCUGUUGUGUCUCCAUGGUCUAUGAAUCACAAAUACUUAGUCUCACCUAUCAAUGGAAUACUUAAAUACCAUCGCUUGGGAAAUCAAGAAAGAAAGGACCUGGAGAUUCCUUUUGAGAAGGCAUCUCUUGUCCUUAGUGAUGUUUCUUUAACAAUUACGGAGGCUCAGUACCAUGAUGUUAUUAAACUCAUGGAAGUGUUUUCCCGAUAUAGAACACGUGUCGAUGUAUCCCACUUAAGACCCAUUGUGCCAGUUUCCGACAACCCUCAUGUGUGGUGGCGGUAUGCUGCUCAGGCUGGUUUGCAACAGAAGAAAAUGUGUUACCGUUUCUCAUGGGACAGAAUCCAACAUCUUUGUCGGCUUCGUCGCCAUUAUAUUCAACUAUAUGCUGGUUCACUGCAACAGUUGUCAAAUUAUGAUUGCUCUGAAACCAGAAAAAUUGAAAAAGAUCUUGAUUCUAAAGUAAUUCUUUUGUGGAGGUUGCUUGCACAUGCUAAAGUUGAAUCUGUAAAAUCAAAAGAAGCAAAUAAUCAGAGGAGUCAAUCAAAUAGAAGUUGGUUUUCCUUUGGAUGGUGUACUUCUUCUAGUGAUAUCUCUUCUGGGAGUAGUUCAGAAGUGCCAAAGCUGAUGGAAGAGAGACUGACCAAAGAGGAAUGGCAAACAAUAAAUAAUUUACUUAGUUACCAACCUGAUGAGGAUUUACCUUCUGUUACAGGAAAGGAUACAAGUAAUAUGUUACAGUUCUUGGUAAAUGUCUCAAUUGGUCAAGCUGCCACUCGGAUCAUCAGUAUCGAUCAGACAGAGAUUGUCUGUGGUAGGUUUGAGCAACUUAAUAUCACCACCAAGCUUUACCAGAGGAGCACCCAUUGUGAUGUAUCAUUGAGAUUUUAUGGUUUGUCUGCUCCUGAAGGUUCACUUUUACAGAGUGUCAGUAGUGAACACAAGGUGAAUGCUUUGGCUGCCAGUUUUGUGUACUCACCAGUUGGAGAGAAUGUAGACUGGCAACUUUCAGCAACAAUUGCUCCCUGCCAUGUUACGGUUUUGAUGGAAAGUUGCAAUCGCUUUUUAGAGUUUAUUAAGAGAAGUAGUGCAAUCAGUCCUACUGUUGCGUUGGAGACUGCAACAGCUUUACAGAUGAAGAUAGAAGAAGUGACCCGUAGAGCUCAGGAGCAGUUUCAAAUGGUGUUGGAAGAACAAAGCAGAUUUGCGCUUGACAUUGAUAUUGAUGCUCCAAAAGUGAGAAUUCCUAUACAAACAUGUGCAUCUUCCGAAUGUAAUGGCCAAUUUCUUUUGGACUUUGGUCAUUUCACAUUGCACACCAAAGAAGGUCAGUGUGAUGAACAAAGGCAGAGCUUAUAUUCCCGUUUUUACAUAAGUGGAAAAGAUAUUGCUGCGUUCUUUAUGGACUGUUCUUCUGACAAAAAGAACUCUAUUGGAGUCUCUUCAAUUUUUGAUGGUCAACCUUUGAGAUCACCUACCUUAGAGGAUGUUGAUUGCUUCUAUUCUCUGGUUGAGAGGUGUGGGAUGACAGUUAUUAUUGAUCAGAUUAAAGUCCCUCAUCCACGUUAUCCAUCAACACGUGUUUCCAUUCAAGUGCCUAAUCUUGGCAUUCACUUUUCACCGGCUAGAUACUGCAGAGUUCAGCAAUUGUUAAAUUUAUUCCGUUGCAGUGUGGACAACACUGAUCAGACUAUGAGUGAAACUUUCCAAAUGGGUCUGGCGCCUUGGAAUCCUGCAGAUCUCUCAACUGAGGCUAAAAUUCUUGUUUGGAGGGGAAUUGGUAAUUAUGUGGCAGAGUGGCAGCCUUGUUAUCUUGUGUUAUCUGGAUUCUAUCUUUAUGUUUUGGAGUCUGAGGCAUCCCAGAAUUACCAACGAUGCUCAAGUAUGGCAGGUCAACAAGUAUCUGAAGUUCCUCCAUCAAGUAUUGGUGGUUCGCCUUUUUCCAUUGCUGUGUGUUCGAGGGGAAUAGAUAUUCAGAAGGCUCUUGAAUCUUCAAACACUAUGAUCAUAAAACUCCGGGAUGAUGAGGAGAAGGCUACUUGGUUGAAGGGACUAAUACAAGCCACUUAUAGAGCUUCUGCUCCUCCUUCUGUCGAUGUACUAGGUGAAUCAAAUGAUGGUGCUUUUGAACUUGGUGAAUCUCAAACUGCUAAUCCAAGAACGGCUGACCUUGUCAUCAAUGGGGUGUUGCUAGAAACAAAGCUAUUAAUAUAUGGGAAGGCUUGUGUUGAAGUCCAUGAAAAACUUAAAGAGACUCUUAUUCUUGAGAUCCUUGCUGGUGGAGGAAAGGUGCAUCUUGUUCAAUCACAGGAGGAACUGACUGUCAAGAUGAAACUACAUUCUCUUAAGAUUAAGGAUGAGCUUCAAGGUCGUCUUUCGACGUCUACACAAUAUUUAGCCUGUUCUGUGCUCAGUGGUGAUGAUGUAACUUCUUCACUUGCUGAUUUAGAUCCUAAUGUGAAAGAGUUAUCCAUGAUGCUUCCGGAGGAUGAUGAAUGUUUUAAAGAUGCUCUAUCUGAUUUCAUGCCUAAUCCUGAUACCAGUGUUUACUCAGCAAUUACUGAUAUCCCUGAUGGUUUAAAGCAUGAAUCUUCGGAUAUCAGUGGGCAUUGUGUUGGAUUUGAUUCUACUGAAGAUUUUAUUCCUGAUAGUGAUUCAGCAGAAGGGAAGGGUAUUGCUGCUGAGAUGUUCUAUGAGGCACUGGAGAAUGAUACUUCUGAUUUUGUUGCUUUUAUCUUUUCAUCAAAGAGUCCUAGCUCUCCCUUUUAUGAUGGUAUUGAUUCGCAGAUGAAAAUUCGCAUGUCUAAGUUGGAAUUUUUUUGCAAUAGACCUACUCUUGUUGCUUUAAUUGAGUUUGGUUUGGAUCUGAGCUCAGAAAAUUCUGGGGUAGGCAGCCCAAAUGAGAAUAGUGAUCCUGUAGUUGAAUCUUCUCAGAUCAGAGAAAAGACGGAAGAAAAUGAACGUUCUUUUGUUAAGGGUUUGCUGGGCUAUGGUAAAAGCCGUAUAGUUUUUAAUUUGAGUAUGGAUGUUGACAGUGUCUGCGUAUUUCUGAACAAGGAGGAUGGUUCUCAGCUUGCCAUGUUUGUGCAAGAGAGUUUUUUGUUUGAUUUGAAGGUUCACCCAGGCUCUCUUUCUAUAGAGGGCACACUGGGAAAUUUCAGGCUGUGUGAUAUGUCUCUUGGGCCAGACCACUGUUGGGGUUGGCUUUGUGAUAUACGGAAUCAGGGUACAGAAUCCCUUAUUAAGUAUAUAUUUAAAUCAUACAGUGCUGAAGAUGAUGAUUAUGAAGGGUAUGAUUAUAGCUUAUGCGGUCGUCUUUCUGCAGUACGCAUUGUCAUCCUUUAUCGAUUUGUUGAAGAGAUAACUGCAUACUUUAUGGAACUUGCCAGUCCCCGCACUGAAGAAGUAAUUAAGCUUGUUGAUAAAGUUGGGGGCUUUGAGUGGUUGAUUCAGAAAUAUGAGAUGGAUGGAGCAGCUGCAUUAAAGCUGGACCUUUCACUGGACACUCCAAUAAUUGUUCUUCCACGAAAUUCAAUGAGCAAAGAUUAUAUUCAACUUGAUUUGGGACAGCUACAAGUGAAAAAUGAAUUGUUGUGGCACGGAUGCCCUGACAAAGAUCCUUCAGCUGUCCAUCUUGAUGUACUUCAUGCUGAGUUACUUGGAAUCAACAUGGCUGUCGGAGUUAAUGGUGUUAUAGGAAAGGCGGUGAUACGAGAAGCCCAAGGUUUUCAUGUCUAUGUACGCCGCAGUUUGAGGGAUGUUUUUAGAAAAGUUCCAACAUUUUCCCUUGAAGUUCGGGUUGGUUUAUUACAUCUAUUGAUGUCUAAUAAGGAGUAUCAUGUUAUUCUUGAUUGUGCAAUCAUGAAUAUGUCUGAAGAGCCAAGACUACCACCUAGCUUUCGCAAAAUGUCAGAUACAACAGAUACAAUUCGCAUGUUGACUGACAAGGUGAAUAUAAAUAGCCAGAACUUACUGUCACGUACUGUUACUAUAAUGGCGGUUGAAGUCAACUAUGCCUUACUGGACUUGUGCAAUGGCAUUGAUGAAGAGUCACCUCUAGCUCGUGUUGCUCUGGAAGGGCUUUGGGUAUCUUAUCGGACGACUUCACUGUCUGAAACAGAUAUUUAUAUAACUAUCCCUUUAUUCUCUAUUCUGGACAUUCGCCCUGAUACGAAGUCUGAAAUGCGCCUGAUGCUGGGAUCCUCCUCAGAUGUACUCAGACAAAGUUCUGCUGGAAAUGUUCCUGUUUCUUUGAACAAAAGUGAAAAUGUGAGGAUGGACCCUGAAGCUUCCCAUGAUAUGGAUGUUCCUAUUUCAACUAUGCUAUUGAUGGACUACAGACUACGCUCAUCUUCUUGCUCACUUGUUGUUCGCAUCCAGCAGCUUCGUGUACUUGUUAUUUUAGAUUUUCUUCUCGCAGUGGUUGAAUUUUUUGUGCCAUCUUUGGGAGCAAUAACUGGUAGGGAGGAAACUUUGGAUCCCAACAAUGAUCCAUUAACUAGAAAUAACAGCAUCAUACUCUCAUCACCUCUUUACAAGCAGAAAGAUGAUGUGGUCCAUCUAUCUCCAUGUAAGCAGUUAAUAGCUGAUGCUGUAGGGGUUGAUGAAUACAUAUAUGAUGGUUGUGGAGGGACAAUCUGUUUGAGUGAAGAAAUUGAUCUGAAAGAAAUAUCAUCUUCAAGAUUACAUCCUAUCAUUGUUAUUGGACAUGGCAAAAAGUUGCGUUUCAUGAAUGUAAAAAUUGAGAAUGGUGACCUUUUGAGGAAGCGUACAUACUUGAGCAAUGAUAGUAGCUAUUCAGUCUCAGUAGAAGAUGGUGUCAACAUUUUAUUGUUAGAAAGUUUCACUUCUAAUAGUGAUACAAAGAGUCAGAGAAAUUUGCAUGGAUCAUCUGAUACCUUAGCUACUGCUGCAGCAGAUACCAACAAUGAUUUUAAUAUGCAAAGUUUUACAUUUGAAGCCCAGGUUGUAUCUUCUGAGUUCACCUUCUUUGAUAGUACGAAGUCAUCCUUGGAUGAAUUCUUACAUGGUGAAAAGCUUCUCCGUGCAAAAAUGGAUUUAAGCUUCAUGUAUGCUUCAAAAGCAGAUGAUACUUGGAUACGGACUCUUGUGAAGGAUCUCACUUUUGAAGCUGGUUCAGGUCUUAUAGUUCUUGAUCCAGUGGACAUUUCUGGGGGGUAUACCUCAGUUAAGGACAAGACAAAUAUAUCGUUGAUAUCAACCAAUAUAUGCUUCCACCUAUCCUUGAGUGUUAUAUCUCUUGUCCUUAACUUGCAAAAUCAGGCAGCUGCAGCACUACAAUUUGGAAAUGCAGAUCCUUUAGCUUCUUGCUCCAACUUUGAUCGACUUUGGGUGUCACAAAAAGGAAUUGCACCUGGUUACAACCUCACAUUUUGGAGACCACGAGCUCCUUCAAACUAUGUUAUAUUGGGUGACUGUGUGACAUCAAGGCCAGCCCCUCCAUCCCAGGCAGUAAUGGCUAUUGGUAACACUUAUGGUCGAGUACGGAAGCCUCUUGGUUUUAAGCUAAUUGGUUUGUUCUCGGAUAUUCAAGGGUUGGAAGGACAAGAGGGAAAAUCUGAUAGCGAUGAUGAUUGCUCACUUUGGUUACCCAUUGCACCACCAGGAUAUUCAGCAUUAGGGUGUGUUGCUCAGAUUGGAAGCAAACCACCACCUAAUCACAUUGUGCAUUGCAUACGCUCAGAUCUCUUGACUUCUACAACAUUUUCAGAGUGCAUUUUUAGUGUUUCAUCAAACCCAAGAUUCUCCUCUGAAUUUAGCAUUUGGCGUGUGGAUAAUGUCUUUGGAUCAUUUAUUGCUCAUCUUGCCACAGACUGCCCUUCCAAGAACCAUAGUUAUGAUUUGGGUUAUAUUCUUCUAAGGAGCUCGUACUGCUUUCUUUCUUCCUCUGAAACUUCGACAUCAGAUCUUGCUGUUGACCAUUUCAGCAGAAAUGAUCAAGAUAGAAGGUCUGUUGGUUCCUCUGCAUGGGAUGUUCUUAGGUCAAUUUCAAAACCAAGCAGUUAUUAUGUGUCAACACCACAUUUUGAGAGGGUUUGGUGGGACAAGGGUAGUGACAUCCGCCGACCAAUCUCAAUAUGGAGACCAAUACCACGUCCUGGCUUUGCCAUACUUGGUGAUUGCAUAAUUGAAGGCUUGGAACCACCUGCAUUGGGUAUAACUUUUGUGGCUGAUAAUCCUGAGAUUUCUGCAAAGCCUGUGCAAUUCACUAAAGUUGCCCAUAUUGUGGCAAAAGGUAUUGAUGAGGCUUUCUUCUGGUACCCAAUUGCUCCCCCUGGUUAUGCAUCUCUUGGAUGCAUAGUAUCAAAAACAGAUGAAGCACCACAUAUGGACUUCUUUUGCUGCCCACGCAUGGAUCUUGUUAACCAAACUAAUAUUCUCGAGGUGCCCAUUUCAAGAUCUUCAAGUUCAAAGGGUUCUCAUUGCUGGAGUAUUUGGAAAGUUGAAAACCAGGCCUGCACUUUUCUUGCUCGUGCUGAUUUGAAGAAACCAUCAAGCCGGUUGGCAUACACAAUUGGUGAUUCUAUGAAGCCAAAGACACGGGAAAACAUAAGCGCUGAGAUGAAGCUUAGAUGCUUCUCUUUAACUGUCCUAGACAACUUGUGUGGGAUGAUGAUGCCGCUAUUUGAUGUGACUAUUACAAAUAUUAACCUUGCAACACAUGGAAGUUUAGAGGCAAUGAAUGCAGUAUUAAUAUCUUCUAUUGCUGCAUCUACAUUCAAUACACAACUAGAAGCAUGGGAGCCACUUGUGGAGCCUUUUGAUGGAAUAUUCAAGUUUGAAACAUAUAAUUCUGAUGUCAAUCGGCCAUCAAAGGUUGGAAAGCGGGUACGUCUUGCUGCAACAAGUAUUGUAAAUCUUAAUGUGAGUGCUGCAAAUCUAGAAACUUUUGCAGAAACCAUUGUUUCAUGGAGAAGACAGGCUGAGCUUCAGGAGAAGUCAACAAAAGCAAAUGAGGAUGCUGAUUAUCAUUUUAGGCAUGGAGAUAAUUCAAGCUUUUCAGCAUUGGAGGAAUAUGAUUUUCAGACUGUCAUUAUAGAGAACAGACUUGGAUGUGACAUUCAUUUGAAGAAGGUUGAGCAAGAGGCAGAAAAAAUUGAAAUGCUACAUCCUGAGGACUGUUCUUCUGCAUGGGUUCCACCUCAAAAGUUUUCUGAUAGAUUAAAUGUUGCAACUGAAUCCAGGGUAGCACGCUUUUAUGUUGCUGUGCAGAUAUUCGAGUCUAGGGGUGUACCCAUCCUUGAUGAUGGCAAUAGUCAUAACUUCUUCUGUGCCAUACGCCUUCUAGUUGAUAGCCAGGCAACGGAUCAACAAAGGCUUUUCCCUCAGAGUGCAAGGACUAAGUGUGUUAAGCCUUUGCUUUUCAAGAAUAAUAACCUGGAUGAGGGCACUGCCAGGUGGAAUGAACUUUUCAUAUUUGAAGUUCCAAGGAAGGGAUUGGCUAAGUUGGAGCUAGAGGUAACAAAUUUAUCAGCAAAAGCUGGGAAAGGUGAAGUUGUUGGUGCGUCUUCUAUUCCAAUCGGACAUGGUGCAAGUACUCUGAAGAAGGUAUCCUCAGUAAGAAUGCUGCAUCAACCAUCUGAUGUUCCAAAGCUUAUUUCAUAUCCUUUAAGGAAAAAAGGUCAAAUGAACACCAAUGAAGGAAUGCAUGAUUGUGGAUUUUUGGUAGUUUCUACAACUUAUUUUGAAAGAAAAUCAAUUACAAACUUUCAAAGGGAGGCUGAAAGUGCAACUGAAAAUGAUAAAGAUGUAGGUUUCUGGGUGGGCCUUGGACCAAAGGGUCCAUGGGUAAGCAUUCGGUCAUUGCUUCCAGUGUCUGUUGUUCCUAAAACAUUGAAAGAAAACUUCUUUGCCUUGGAAGUUGUCAUGAAGAAUGGCAAGAAGCAUGCAAUCUUCCGUGGCCUUUCAAGAGUCAUAAAUGAUUCAGAUAUUAAAAUAGAUCUGUCUCUAUGCCCUGAGUCUAUGCUUCAUAGCCAUAUUCUCUCAGCUUCAAAAUCAAGCUGCUGUAACAUUGUUGUAGAAGAGGUCUUUGAGAAUCAGCGGUAUCAACCAAUUUCUGGUUGGAGUAGCAAGUGGCUUCGUGGUAAUGAUCCAGGAUGCUGGAGCACCAGGGACUGCUCAUACACAUCUAAGGACUUCUUUGAGCCUAGCAUCCCUCCUGGAUGGCAAUGGACAUCUUCCUGGACCAUCGAUAGGUCUCAAUGUGUAGAUAUUGAAGGUUGGGCAUAUGCACCUGACUAUCAGAGUUUAAAGUGGCCUCCAACUACUUCCAAAUCAUGCACAAAAUCACCUCUAGAUUUUGUGCGCUGUAGGCGUUGGAUCCGUACAAGGCAACAACAAAGUGAGGAAAACACUAAUAGCGUGAAUAAUUUUGCUUGUGUUGUUAGUCCAGGAACAUCAGUCGCUUUACCUUGGAGUAGUACAGCAAGGGAUUCUGACCUUUGCUUGCAAGUUCGUCCUUUUGUUGAAUAUACUCGAUCCCCAUACUCCUGGGCUUAUGCAGCUACUUUUGGUUCUGGCAAUGGUCACGGAAAUGAUCAAUCCCUAACUGAUUAUAGUUCACUCUCUAGACAAGUGCAGCCAGGAAAUACAUUGCCAGUUUUUACUUUUAAGUUGAACCAACUUGAGAAAAAAGAUGUUCUCUUAUAUUGUUGCCCCAGUCAAGGUAGUAAAAAGUAUUUUUGGCUUAGCGUUGGAACAGAUGCCUCUGUUCUGCAAACUGAACUGAAUACACCUGUUUAUGAUUGGAAAAUAUCUAUCAAUUCUCCUCUGAAGUUGGAGAAUAGACUUCCUUGUCCUGCAGAAUUUACUAUCUGGGAGAAAACAAAAGAAGGGAAUAGUGUUGAGCGGCAACAUGGAAUUAUUUCAUCCCGCAAUAGCGUACAUAUUUAUUCAGCAGAUAUACGGAAACCUAUUUAUCUUACAUUAUUUGUCCAAGGGGGUUGGGUUUUGGAAAAGGACCACAUUCUGCUUCUGGAUAUUUUAUCUUAUGAUCAUAUUACAUCUUUUUGGAUGAUUCACCGACAAAGUAAAAGGAGACUUCGUGUGAGCAUUGAACGUGACAUGGGAGGAACUAAUGCUGCACCAAAAACGCUCAGGUUUUUUGUUCCAUAUUGGCUUAGUAAUGAUUCAUCUCUACCGUUAGCAUACCGGGUGGUGGAAAUUGAACCUGGGGACAGUUUUGAGAAUGAUUCCCUUCUACUCCCCAGAGCAGUUAGAUCAGCAAAAAUCUUGAAAAAUUCUGCCAGUUCAAAUGACGGGAGAUUCACUGGAGCAAGAAAAAACAUUCAAGUGCUAGAGGUAAUUGAGGAUUCAAGUCAAAGCACCAUCAUGUUAUCUCCACAAGAUUAUGCAGGCCGAACUGGUGCUUUUCAAUUUCAAUCUCGAAAUGACACAUAUUUAUCCCCCCGUGUGGGAAUUGCUGUUACCAUUCGCCAUUCUGAAUAUUACAGUCCUGGAAUAUCACUUCUUGAACUGGAAAACAAGGAGAGAGUUAAUGUCAAGGCAUUUGCUUCAGAUGGAUCAUAUUACAACCUUUCAGCAUUACUUAACAUGACAUCAGACAGAACAAAGGUCAUUCAUUUUCAACCACACACAUUAUUUUUCAAUAGGACUGGUCAGAGUCUAUCUUUACAGCAAUGUGAGACCCAGUCGAUACAGUACGCUCAUCCAACUGAUCCUCCAAAGCCAUUUCAAUGGAAAUCUACAGCCAAAGAUGAAAUGUUAAAGUUGCGGGUGGAUGGAUACAGAUGGAGUACACCAUUUAGCAUUGGAAGUGAAGGUGUCAUGUGUGUCUCCUUGAAGAACAAUGUAGGAAGUGACCAGAUGUAUCUAAGUGUAGAAGUACGAAGUGGAGCAAAAGGCUCACGCUAUGAAGUUAUUUUCCGACCAUCAUUUCCAAGCCCUUACAGGAUCGAGAACCGUUCUAUGUUUUUACCUGUACGUUAUCGACAAGUUGAUAGUACUAGUGAUUUUUGGUGGACGCUUCUUCCUAAUGCAGCAGCUUCAUUUCUUUGGGAAGAUAUUGGUAGAAGACGAUUAUUGGAACUCAUGGUGGAUGGAAAUGACCCCUUAAAAACAGAGAAGUAUAAUAUUGAUCAGAUUUUUGACUACCAGCCCAUUCAUGUUGCGGGGGGACCUGUUAGGGCUUUACGUGUUACUGUCCUGAAAGAAGAGAAAAUCAAUGUGAUUAAGAUUAGCGAUUGGAUGCCAGAAGAUGACACCUCUGCAACUGUUCCUAGAAGUUCAUUACAUUUGCCGCAACUAACCAGAAAUGAUUCACUACAUCAACAACCAAUUUCUAAUACAGAUUGUGAAUUUCAUUUUCUUGUUGAGCUUGCAGAGCUAGGCUUAUCUAUUAUUGAUCACACACCUGAGGAGAUACUUUAUCUUUCUAUACAGAAUCUUCUGCUGUCACAUUCGAGUGGCUUGGGCUCUGGAAUCAGUAGGAUCAAGUUACGGAUGCAAACAAUCCAAGUGGAUAACCAAUUGCCAUUGACACAAAUGCCUGUUCUCUUCAGGCCACAAAGAGUUGGGGAACAAAUUGAUUACAUAUUAAAAUUGUCUAUGACAACGCAAUCAAAUGGUUUACUAGAUUUAUGUGUGUAUCCAUAUAUCGGUCUCCAUGUUCCUGACAAAUCAGCAUUUUUGAUAAACAUCCACGAACCCAUCAUAUGGCGCAUUCAUGAAAUGAUCCAGCAAGUUAACACAAGUAGAUUAUUUGGCAGUCAAACAACUGCUGUGUCAGUUGAUCCAAUUAUACAAAUAGGGAUAUUAAACAUCUCAGAAAUCCGGUUCAAGGUAUCAAUGGCUAUGUCACCAACUCAGCGGCCAAAGGGUGUCCUUGGGUUUUGGUCAUCUUUGAUGACUGCAUUGGGUAACACUGAGAAUAUGCCUAUCAGGAUUAAUCAGAGGUUUAGUGAAGUUGUAUGCACGAGGCAGAGUUCUCUUAUUAGCUCUGCUAUUUCGAACAUUCAGAAGGAUCUUCUUGGUCAGCCUCUUCAACUGAUAUCAGGUGUUGAUAUACUUGGUAAUGCAAGCAGUGCACUUGGACAUAUGAGCAAAGGUGUUGCAGCUCUAUCAAUGGAUAAGAAAUUCAUCCAAAGCAGGCAGAGACAGGAAAGCAAAGGUGUGGAGGACAUUGGUGAUGUUAUCAGAGAGGGGGGUGGGGCCCUAGCCAAAGGAUUGUUCAGAGGAGUCACUGGCAUCUUAACAAAGCCUCUUGAAGGAGCAAAAUCAUCUGGUGUUGAGGGUUUUGUUCAGGGUGUUGGUAAAGGAUUAAUAGGUGCAGCUGCACAACCAGUGAGUGGGGUCCUGGAUCUUUUGUCAAAAACUACUGAAGGUGCAAAUGCAAUGAGAAUGAAAAUAGCUUCUGCUAUAACAUCAGACGAACAACUACUACGCAGGAGGCUACCUCGAGUAAUUAGUGGUGAUAAUUUGCUCCGCCCAUAUGAUGAGUACAAAGCACAGGGACAGGUUAUCCUACAACUGGCACAGUCUGGUACAUUGUUUCUUCAAGUUGAUUUCUUUAAAGUUCGGGGGAAAUUUGCUUUGUCAGACGCAUAUGAAGACCACUUCUUACUUCCAAAAGGAAAGAUAAGUGUAGUCACCCAUCGAAGAGUCAUACUAUUGCAACAACCCUCUAACAUUGUGGCCCAGAGGAAGUUCAACCCUGCAAGAGAUCCAUGUUCAGUAUUGUGGGAUGUCUUAUGGAAUGACCUCAUGAGAAUUGAAAUGGCACACAGAAAGAAAGACAACCAGAGAUCUCCACCCUCAAAGCUUAUUCUCUAUCUAAAGACAAAAUCAUCAGACUCAAAGGAACAGACCCGUGUUAUCAAAUGCAACCGUGAAACUCAACAGGCUCUUGAAAUACGUUCUGCAAUAGAGCAAGCAAUGAACACUUAUGGGCCCAACCACUCAAUGGAAAUGCAUAAGAAAAAGGUGAUGAGACCAUAUUCACCAAGUACUGACGGUACAUGUGAAGUAUUUCCAAAAGAUGGUAUCAGUAGUUGGAGCCCCCAACAGGUUCCAACAUCAGUGCACCUGAAUUCCGUUUUUGGUAACAGAACUUGAUCCAACAGAAAGCAGGGGCCCUAGUGGAAAUGAUUUCUGUGGUUUAUUAUCUAGGGAGUAUCAUGGAUCCCAUCUGCCAGCUUAUUCAUAUUGCUUUAAAGGUGGAGAUAAUGAUAAAAAAUUGUAAAGAUCCCACCAUAUUGAUCUUUGCAAGAUCCUGCAGAAGCAUCUCUUAAGUCUUAAGCUUUUCCGAGGAAAGAGGAUGAAUAAGGGCACUGGGGGAAUGAAUCUCUAUCAACUCUCUUGUAUAUUCAAAUUUUCAUUGUGAAUAGCAACAGUAGCUCCAUUAAGUUGGAAGAUCCGAAGAUAAAAGCAAUGUGAGCCCCACGGCGGUGAGCGCUGCUGAAGUCCUUAAAUCAACAAGGAUGGAAUGUAAAUGAGGAUUUUGUGCGAAAAGACAGACCUAUGGUCGUUUUAACCCCUCCUUAUUGAUCGACUCUAUAGUCUAUACAAGCCAGAGCAGCCUCACGAGUUGGACAAUUAAUGAAGGCAAAGUCUUUUCUCUUAA